UUGAAUGAACGAAACAACUUCCGGCUUCUACACCGCUCAGGCAGUUUAAUCAUUAAACGCAGACCGGAACUAAUCUGCGCAGCAUUCCUCUCAAUUCUAUUUCUUUUAACGACAUUUAGCGUCUAUUAUUUAGAAGUUAUUUGGGGGGAAACGGUGUAAAAUUCAGUUUGAGAGUCCUGAUUAUGGUGUAAACGGGGCAGUUCAGUGACUGACAGCGGCAGGUGUGUGAGAGUGUGUAUGUUGGUCUGCUGGUAUGCUGACGUUAGCCAGUAAGCUGAAGAGGGAGGAGGGCGUGAGGGCCGGCCGGACCUCUGCAGGCUCCAACGAUGCCUCUCAUAGAGUGUCCGUCAGAGAUCGACUGCUCAUCAAAGAGGUUUCAGAACUUGAGGCUAACCUUCCAAAUACCUGUAAAGUAACGUUUCCUGAUGAAAACAAACUCUAUCACUUCCAGUUGGCCAUUUCACCAGAUGAAGGCUAUUACCUUGGUGGAAAGUUUCAGUUUGAGAUUGAAGUUCCCGAAGCCUAUAAUAUGGUGCCUCCCAGAGUCAAGUGCUUGACUCGAAUAUGGCAUCCAAACAUUGCAGAAACUGGAGAGAUCUGUCUGAGUUUAUUGCGAGAGCAUUCAAUUGAUGGUACUGGAUGGGCACCCACUCGUACUCUAAAGGAUGUAGUAUGGGGUCUGAAUUCACUAUUCACUGAUCUUCUUAACUUUGAUGACCCACUGAAUAUAGAUGCAGCGGAACAUCAUUUACGGGACAAGGAGGAUUUCAGGAACAAAGUUCAGGACUUCAUAAAAAACUAUGCAAGAUGAUGUCUCUGUUGAGCCACACUCACAUGCAUGUGACUUUGCAGAUCCAGACUGCAACAGAGACAAAAUCUCAAACUAUUAAAACAUACUUGGGGAGACAAGAAAGUUAAAAUGCAUAAUGAAUGACGCCGCGAGUCCCUGAUCAAGAUUUGGGAGGGGGGAAUGUGGGCCUUACUGUCCAUUUCCGAUGGCUCUUUUUUUUUUUUCUUUUGGAAGCGGACACUCAUGCAGGUUCUUCUAAAUCAAGUUUGCGUCCGUCCCCCCCCCCCCCCCC